AUGGAAGAAAUAUUAAAUAAUUAUCCUAAUGUUUAUCAACUUAACAAAUAUAAAAAAGAAAAUACUAAAUUUAUUAAUGAUUAUAAAGUUAUUAGAACAUUAAGUCAAGGAAAAUUAAAUAAAAUAAUAUUAUGUGAAAAAGAUAAUAAGUUAUAUGUACUUAAAAAAUACAAUAAAAAAUGGCUAGAAAAAAAAAGAGAUUUUUACAAAAAUACUAAUAAUGAGGUUAUUUUAAAAUCGAAAUUUGAUGAUUUAAAAACAGAAUUAAAGAUAUUAAUUGAUAUAAAUAAUGAAUAUUGUUUAAGUUGUGAAAAAAUUAUAACAGAUUAUAAUAAGAUUUAUGUUUUAAAUGAAUAUAUGGAAAACGAGAGUAUAUUAAAAUAUGAUGAAUUUUUUUUUGUUUUAGAUAAAGAAGAAUCAUUUUUUAUUCCACUAGCUGUUAUAAAAUGUAUAAUUAAAAAUAUUUUAAAAUCUUUUCUUUAUCUUCAUAAAAAAAAAAAUAUUUGUCAUAGAGAUAUUAAACCAUCUAACAUUUUAUUAAGUAAAAAUGGGAAAAUUAAAUUAUGUGAUUAUGGUGAAUCACAAUAUAUGACUGAUAAAAAAAUCAGAGGAACAAAAGGUACUUAUGAAUUUAUGCCUCCUGAAUUUUUUUCUAAAGAAUCUUAUUAUGAUGGUGAAAAAGUUGACAUAUGGAGUUUAGGAAUUUGCUUAUAUGCUUUAUUUUAUCGUGUUUUACCUUUUAAUUCUAAAAAUUCAUUAAUUCAAUUAUUUAAUGAUAUAGGAAAGGCAGAAAUUGAAUAUCAUAAAGAUAGGAAUUAUUUUUUAUUUCAAAUUACGAAAAAAAAAUGUAAUUGCUCUAAUAAUUUUUUAACAAGUGAAGAUAUUAAUUUUUUGAAAUGUUUUUUAAAAAAAAAUCCAAAUGAACGACAUACUUCUGAACAAGCAUUAAAAAAUAAUUGGUUGAAUGAUGUAAAUUACAAAUAUAUAGAAGAUUAUGCUGAAGAAAUUUAUAAAAGAAAAAUAAAUCAUAGUUUUGAAUAA